AUGGGCAACAGUGUAGUUGAGAAGUGUCUGAGUCUAGGAGCCCAAAAGGCUCUGUAUAUAGCAGCAGACAUGGCGAAUGAGUCCGACCCCGACAAAGUGGUGGAUUUUGCUCUGGAGAAACUGGGAGGUUUGGAUUACCUGGUUCUCAACCAUAUUGGCUCGACCCCUUUUAGCAUGUGGGACGGAGAUGUGGAACACACCAGGUGGCUAAUGAAGGUCAAUUUCUUCAGCUACAUACAGAUGGCCUGGAAAGCUUUGCCCUCCCUUGAGCAAAGUAAAGGAUCUCUGGUAGUGGUUUCAUCAGUUGCAGGUAAAAUGCCCACUCCGUUUGUAGCGCCAUACACUUCAACAAAAUCAGCUCUAAAUGGGUUCUUUGGAUCCUUGUACCAUGAACUGGCUUUGAAGAAGAGCAACGUGUCCAUCUCUAUUUGCACACUCGGCCUUAUUGAUACUGAAACGGCUAUGAAGAAAGUCAGGGGACUUGUUAAGAUGCCGGCCUAUCCUGCCACAGAAGCAGCGUUGAACAUCAUCAGAACUGGAGCAACAAGGCAGCAGGAGCUUUACUACCCCUGGUUCACAUACAUUCCAUGUCUCAUCAGAGACUGGUUUCCUCCUCUGAUGAAUUAUCUUGCCCAGAACUCCAUAAAGUACAAUCCAUAAAAAUCAA